AUGUCAUUGAAGACGGCCGAGGAGGUAACAAGGUUUCUAAGAUCUAAAAAUGAAUCCUUACCAAAACUUUUGGAGGUAGCAUUUUCCCUUCGCAAUGGAGAUUUACCUGUAUAUCUACCGCAGAAAGAUGUUGUACUACUAGAUUGGCUCCUUGAGAAAUUAUCGGCAAAUAAUGGCACAGCUUGGAGGUUGGAGAGUGGCUCAUGGGUUCUCUAUAAGUCCAUCUGGGAGGGUUUGCAACAAAAUAAUAAAACCGAAGCAAGAAGCCGGGCAUUUAAAAAUCACAACUUUGCAUCUAUUCUAGUAAACUCAUUGAGAGACAUUGCUGAGUCCCCUAGCUCAAUUAUCUCUGUUUUUCCUUCAUUGAGUGAUAGUCUUGGCUCCGUACUUUCAGCAACAAGGGAUGGUCAUAAUGUGGUGAUCUUGACAAGAUCUGGUCCACAAGGAGGUGAAGUAAAUACGAUAUCUCAACAACUAAUAUUGGAGUAUAUGAAUUGUGUGUUAGCUUGCACAAAGAGUGAAGAAAUCGAAAUUUUGUCACCCUUUUCAAAAGAGCUUCUUCGUACUCUAGAUCAAGUUUUGGUUAGAGGCUUAAAAUUCUCAUCCAAGUCAUCAAAUUCCAAUGGGGUCAGCAUAUUUUCGAGAAUCAUAAUUCUUCUUUCCACUAUCUCAGACCAAUCUAUUAUUUAUUUUAUUCACAAAUUACUGGCAUCAUUAUUUUCAUCAGACUCCUCAGAACUCCCAUCAAUCAAAAGUUCUAUUUCUGAGGCUAUUAAGUUAUUAGAAACAAGGCAUCAAUCAUCUGAUAUCCUUACUAUUGGAUUAGGAAAACUAUACAAUGCAAUGCUCAGUGCACCAAAUGGCAAAAUGUUGUCAAACAAAUAUUUCGAUGAGCUCAUCACGGAACACCCCCUGUCAUCAACAGUUUUGUUACAGACUGCUCUUGACAGAAAUAUCAAAAUAGAGCAGAGUACUAUUCGAAAAAUUCUUGAUAAACAGCUUCUUGACACCUCUAACACGGACUGGACUAUUGUAAAGUUUGUUCUUGAAAUUGACGGUCAAGUUGUUCUCCAAUCUGAGGUAUCGACUAAGCUUUUUGAAAGUAUUAAUACAGCUGAGUCUAAUGAUUCGCUAGAAGCUAUCGCAGCUUUAUUAGUGAAAUCAUAUUCGCAGCCUCGUGACAUGCCUGACUUCUUUGUCAAAUGGAGAACCACCCUUAUAGAGCAAUCGCCUACCUGGCGUAGUGAACAGGUUGUCAAGCAGGUGACCAGCAAUCUAACAGGCUUGUCAGUGCAUCAGAUCAGCUCUUUGAUUAAUGGUUUCUUAGAAGGACCGAGUGGAUCUGAACUGCCUGUUAAGAAAUCUAAGAAACGAAAGCUGGAAAAGUCGAUAGACGAGUCUGUUAUGCCUCUGGCAGUGCUUGUGAAUAGUUUGUCUCCUGAGAAAGUACCCCGUGUUAAGGAGUCGCUGAUGAAAAUCUUGGACACUGAAUCAUUAGAUAUCUCGAAGGUCAAAUAUUUAAUCAUGUCUCUAAGUCCUGACUUUGUAAGUUCCGCGAUGGUGAGCACCGAGUUUUCCAAGCACAACUGGCUAGACUAUUUUUCAAGUGUUUUCAGAGUUGCGGAGAUUCACCAAGUGAAAGAAUUUUCAAAGGUAGUGAAUGACCUGUUUGAAUUUUUAAAACGAAAUAAAAACAAACAGGUACCCACUUUCCUUUCGGAAAUAACGUCUCGGUGGCUUUUUUUGGUCAACCAAUCCUUUGACGAGUCUCAUAUUACUCAACUAGUUGAACUAUAUUUGGACAACUCUGCAAAUUUGCUGGGCCUUGCUAGCAACCCCUAUUUAUAUGAACAACCAAGAAUUAUCAAUACUCUGAUUUUGGCGGUUAGUCGAGACCUUGAAUCAAAAGCUCCACGGUUGCAAGCUGUACUACCUGCCCUGGUUCUCUUCCCUAUUGAUGUUUUUACAAAGGGUCACCGCCAGGAUCUUUUAGACUCACUGCUUACUUUGGAUAAGGAACUGGACAUUGAAGAUUGUAUCGCUCUUAGGAAGUGUCUUCGUUUGUUAUUAGCAAGACCCACCUUUUCCUCAAAAAUUGAAAAAGACUACGAUGUCAUUAUCAAUCUGUUUUCGUCUUCUGCGAAGAGCACUGAACUUGAGGCGGUAACAAGUGACAUUUGCACUUCCGUUAUCGGACAUCAUAUCAGUAACACAAAUGAAAGUAGUAAGGAGUUCAUUUCAUCUCUUGUUGCAAAAGUGCAGAAGAAAACUAAAAAGCUAUCUAAAAAAGCAUCAUUAGAAACCUGGGUCCUCAAAUUCGGAUGUAUCGUUCUAACGACGGCAGGCCUGAAUGAAGAGUUUCAGACCGAGUUUUUUAACUCCAUCAAACAAUAUUUAGCUGCCUAUGAAGACAGUGAGGAUAUGGCAUCUGUGUUGGAAUACCUGUUACCGGUGGUUCGUAUGACUCCCGAGCCAUUUCAUGAGUUCAGAGAUACUUUUGGCGAGAUACUUACAGCAAGUAUAGGCACCAGAAGAGUUUUUAUGAACUGCUUUAAAAUCAUGUGUCUUAUUGUAAAUGGAAUAUCCGACCUAAGAUCACUGACAGCGGUUUAUAUUGUUAUUGGUAAGUUUUUGUGA